AUGGCUCCUCGAAUUGCUAUUGUCUACUACAGCCUUUACGGCCACAUCGCCAAGCUGGCCGAGGCUGAGGCUGAGGGCAUCAAGGCUGCUGGCGGCACCGUCGACCUGUUCCAGAUCCCAGAGACUCUUCCUCAGGAGGUCCUGACCAAGAUGCACGCUCCUCCCAAGGACUCCAACAUCCAGACCCUCACCGACCCAUCCAAGCUCGAGGAGUACGAUGCCUUCCUCUUCGGCAUCCCGACCCGUUACGGAAACUUCCCCGCCCAAUGGAAGGCCUUCUGGGACUCCACCGGCAAGCAAUGGUCGACUGGUGGUUUCUGGGGUAAAUACGCCGGUCUCUUCGUCUCCACCGCUGGCCUCGGCGGUGGACAGGAGAGCACCGCCAUCGCCGCCAUGAGCACCUUCGCCCACCACGGUUUCCUCUAUGUGCCGUUGGGCUACAAGACCGUUUUCGGCCAGCUCACCAACAUCUCCGAGGUGCACGGUGGCAGCCCAUGGGGUGCCGGAACCUUCGCUGGUGGUGACGGCUCCCGCCAGCCUUCGCCUCUCGAGCUCGAGAUCGCGCGCGAGCAGGGCAAGGCUUUCUACGGCCACGUCUCGCGCGUCAGCUUCUAGGUUCGGAUCUCCAAGGGAUCUCUUCUUUGAUGAUAUCUCCAAUGAUGCGACUAGGGGUAUAACUCGGAAGUCCACAGGCGAGAAAUGAGAUGGAAUGAAAUGAAAUGAAAUGAAAUGAUGCAAAUACGAAAACCAUGUAUUUCCACGUCUCCUAGCGUGCAAUUCAUAAGCUUCUCUGAGCUGGAUGUCGUCUGUGCACGUUUCUUUGCUCGUCUCAUCAUGAGGGUAUCCCUUACAUCUAUCCCAUGCAAAUCAAUGCCCAAAAUCUCCAAGAAAAAGGGAAAUAAAAUGUGCGCCCUCACAUCCACCCACAUCCCCAACGAUCUUCCCUUCAAACAUAGAAAACAAAGGCUCACUGUUCCCACUCCUCUUCGUCCUCCUCAUCUUCCUCCCCAUCGACAUCUUCCUCGAGGAUCUCCCCCAUGCCCGCCAUCGUCACGCUCCCACUAGCCACCGAAUCCAUCCUGCCGAUCGACGGCCU